AUGACUGAAACUUUUGAGGAUUGGGAUAUCUCAGUCUGUGACAAAAAAUUAUUAGAAUCUAAAAUAUUCUCUAAUCCUGCGAAAAUAGGAGAUUUGGAUAAAGUACAUAAAGAGGUUUUGGGUUUAGAGGAGGCAGUCAGUAGAACCUUUAGGGUUGUAAAUAGGAAUAUUAGUCAGCUCAAUGAAGCUGACGCUGGCAUCCAAAAGGAUACCAACGCCGGGUUUGCUCUAGUUGCUGGUAGAGUAGAUAAACUAGACUUAAAACUAGGCAAAUUAGAGGAAAAAUACGAAAAAUUUGUAAUUGAUUUAGAGUCCCGUGACAAUCUUGAAUACGAUGAAAUAAGAAGCAGCGGUGCGUCAAGACUGCUUACUUUAAACAAAAAACAAGAAAUAAUUCCUCCGAUACCUCCACACAAAAUUCCUCAGUCUUCGGGUACAAGUCGCAUUGAAAAUCAGAACUCCUUAGGGAAUAAAACGUGCCAAUGA